GGGGCCGGGGGUGACGUCAGGCGGGGCGGGCGCGGUGCCGGUGCCGGUCGGGCCAUGGCGGAGCCGAGCGCGGCGGCCCCGAUUUAUUUUCACGCUGUGUCACCUCGAAGUGAUGGGCUGAGAGCGAGACCCCUCCCCAGGCACCUGUGAGUAACAAUGAGGGGCUUCAUUUCCAGCCGCGUUUCUGACCCGGACGCCCUGGGACAUUCCCGACUUUUCGAGUGACGAGGGCGGCGGAGCGGGGAGAGCCGGAGCGCGCGAUGGCAGAGAAGUGCGACUGCAUCGCCAGCAUGUACGGCUACGACCUGGGCUGCCGCUUCGUCAACUUUCGCCCGCUGGGCUUCGGGGCCAACGGGCUGGUGCUGUCGGCCCUGGACAGCCGCAGCUGCCGCAAGGUGGCCGUGAAGAAGCUGACGUUGAGCGACGCCCGCAGCGUCAAGCACGCCUUCCGCGAGAUCAAGAUCAUCCGCCGCCUCGACCACGAGAACAUCGUCAAGGUCUACGAGGUGCUGGGCCCCAAGGGCGCCAAGCUGCGCGGGGACUUCUUCAAGUUCAACAUGGUGUACAUCGUGCAGGAGUACAUGGAGACGGACCUGGCGCGGCUGCUGGAGCAGGGCAAGCUGGCCGAGGAGCACGCCAAGCUCUUCAUGUACCAGCUGCUGCGCGGGCUCAAGUACAUCCACUCCGCCAACGUCCUGCACCGCGACCUCAAGCCGGCCAACAUCUUCAUCAGCACGGAGGACCUGGUGCUGAAGAUCGGCGACUUCGGCCUGGCCAGGAUCGUGGAUCAGCACUACUCGCACAAGGGGUACCUCUCCGAAGGCCUGGUGACCAAGUGGUACCGCUCCCCCCGCCUCCUCCUGUCGCCCAACAACUACACCAAAGCCAUCGACAUGUGGGCGGCUGGCUGCAUCCUGGCCGAGAUGCUGACCGGGAGGAUGCUCUUCGCUGGGGGCCACGAGCUGGAGCAGAUGCAGCUGAUCCUGGAGACCAUCCCCGUUAUCCACCAGGAGGACAAGGAGGAGCUGCUGAAGGUGAUGCCCAUGUUCAUCAACAGCACGUGGGAGGUGCGGAAGCCGCUGCGCAAGCUGCUGCCCGAGGUGGACAGUGAAGCGAUUGAUUUCCUGGAGAAAAUACUGACAUUUAACCCCAUGGAUCGAUUAACGGCCGAGAUGGGCCUGCAGCACCCCUACAUGAGCCCGUACUCCUGCCCCGAGGACGAGCCGGUGUCCCAGCACCCGUUCCGCAUCGAGGACGAGAUCGACGACAUCCUGCUGAUGGAGGCCAACCAGAGCCAGAUGUCCAACUGGGACAGGUACCACAUCAGCCUCUCCUCCGACCUGGACUGGAGGCACGACAAGCACCACGAGAUGGACGAGGUGCAGCGGGACCCCCGCGCAGGCUCCGAGUCCACGGCGGAGGAGGCGCAGGUGGACCCGCGGAAAUACUCCCAGAGCAGCUCGGAGCGGUUCCUGGAGCUGUCCCACUCGUCCAUGGACCGCGUGUUCGACGCCGACUGCGGGAAGUCGUGCGAUUACAAAGUGGGAUCGCCCUCCUACCUGGACAAGUUGCUGUGGAGGGACAGUAAGCCCCACCACUACUCAGAGCCCAAGCUAAUCCUGGAUUUAUCCCACUGGAAAAGGGCGACCAUAGCCCCCGCAGCCGAGCUGUCGCUGGAAGAGGAGCCAUCCAACCUGUUUCUGGAGAUCGCCCAGUGGGUGAAGAGCACGCAGGCGGGGCUGGAGUGCCCCAGCUCGCUGCCGGAGAUGCAGGAGCGCAGCCUGCCCUCCUCUCCUCACCGCCUGCACAAGGAGCCCGCGGAGGUGAGCAGCGAGACCGACCCCGACUUCGACCUGGACGUCUUCAUCUCCAGGGCGCUGAAGCUCUGCGCGAAGCCCGAGGAUCUUCCGGACAACAAGCUCAACGAGAUCAACGGGGCCUGCAUCUCGGAGCACGCCGGGGACCAGAAGGAGCGGUGGUGAGCCCCACGGGCCCCGCUGCACCCCCUUUUCCUCCGGGGCGGUGCGGCCGCUGCCGGGUGUCACGGAGCGUCCCCUUUCCACACUACCAAACGCCUUUUCUGGGAAAGGCAAGCACAAACCACACGCC